AUGAGAGCCCUUAGAAUUUCACCUUCAUGCAUUCAACACGUAGAUGCGAAAUUUAGAGGAGACAACACACUUGUUAAAAAGCUGUUUGAACUGAGAUACCAUUAUAUCAGCCUUUGUAAUACGGAUUUAUGUAUUAAGCAGGAUAGAGAAAUUGUCAAAUUGGCAAUUGAGACCGAUUCAUACGACUAUCGAUAUGCACACUAUACAUUACGAACGGAUAAAGAACUGACCAUGCUUGCUGUGUCACGAAAUGGAUCAUUGCUUGCACUUGCAGAUACAAGUUUGAGACAAGAUAGAGAAAUUGUUAUGGCUGCUGUAAGAAAUGAUCCACUAGCUUUAGAAUAUGCUUCGUAUGAUCUCAAAGACGAUUACGAAGUUGUAGAGAUGGCAAUCAAACGUAGUGCCGAAGCGUUAAAGCAUGCAAGCAAGAGGCUUAGAAGCAAUCGUGAUCUAGUUUUGAAAGCAUUCAAACACGGCCCUGACAUCAGCUACAACGCAUUUAGCUACAUUUGUGAUAGUUUGAAAAAAGAUAAGGAAAUUGUACUAAAUGCUGUGAAAAAUAAUGGUUUAUCACUCCAAUAUGCACAUUCAUCAUUACAAUGUGAUAGAGAGAUUGUGUUAGCUGCUGUCAAACAGAAUGGAGAAGCUUUAGAAUUUGCUUCUGAGGAGUUACGAAAGGAUUCUGAAAUUAUCCGAGAAGCUAUACUUCAAAACGGAAAGGCUCUUGAUUAUGUGUGUGGAAAAAUUGACAAACCCUUGAUAAUUCUUGCAGCUAAAACACAUUAUCAACUUGCGGAAAGUAUUGAUCGUGACUUGCUUAACGAUGACGAUAUUGCCUUGGAAAUGUUACAAUGCAAUUCAUAUGAUUUCAGAAAUAUGGAUAAAAGAAUACGAUACAAUAGAAAUUAUUACUUGCUGCCAUCAAGAGACAACCCGAUUCCAUUUAUUACACCUCUCCCGAAUUGA